CUGUGCAAAGUCUUCAGUUGCAAAAUUUACUUUGGUCCUUUAUUUGCACCUCCGUCUCGGGCGAGGUCCCUCCUUGUCUGGCGGGAUGGCGGAGCAGGAGAGCUUGGAGUUUGGGAAGGCGGAUUUUGUUCUCUUGGACAAUGUGACUAUGGAGGACUUCAUGGCGAAUCUGAAGCUCAGGUUUGAGCGUGGCCGGAUCUACACGUAUAUUGGGGAAGUUGUCGUGUCUGUAAACCCUUAUAAAAGCAUAGCCCUGUAUGGAAAAGACAUGAUUGAAUAUUACCGGGGGCGAGAGCUGUACGAGCGGCCCCCACAUCUCUACGCCAUCGCAGAUGCAGCGUACAAGGCCAUGAAGCGGAGAGCGAAGGACACGUGUAUUGUUAUAUCAGGGGAGAGCGGCGCUGGGAAGACUGAGGCCAGCAAGUACAUCAUGCAGUACAUCGCAGCCAUAACCAACCCCACACAACGAGAGGAGGUGGAAAGGGUGAAGAACGUUCUGCUGAAGUCCAACUGUGUCCUUGAAGCCUUCGGAAAUGCCAAAACCAACCGUAACGACAACUCUAGUAGAUUUGGAAAAUACAUGGACAUCAACUUUGACUUCAAGGGAGACCCUACCGGAGGACACAUCAACAACUAUCUCCUGGAGAAGUCCCGGGUCCUGAAGCAGCAGCCAGGGGAAAGGAAUUUCCAUUCAUUCUACCAGCUCCUCCUGGGGGCCCCAGAUGCAUUACUGAGUUCAUACCACCUGCAGAGGGACCCCACAUUAUACGUCUUCACCAGAGAGGGCGCUAACAACAAUUUUGUGAUCAAUGACCAGGCCAGCUACAGACUGGUGGUGGACUCAAUGGAGGUCAUCGGAUUCAGCCAAGACGAGGUGGAUUCAGUCUACAAGAUUCUGGCCUCCAUUUUGCACCUGGGUAACAUGCGUUUCACAACGGAAGGCGACGCUGUCGUUCUAGAAAACGAGGACCUGGUCAGUCACGUGGCUCAGCUGACGAGCUGUGACACUGACACCGUGAAGAAGACUCUUCUAUACAGGACAAUGGCUGCUGGGGGGGGCGAAAUCAUCGAGAAGGGGCACAGCGUCAAAGAGGCGGCAUACGCCAAGGAGGCCUGCGCCAAGGCUUUCUACGAGAGGUUGUUCUGCUGGAUCGUCAGCCGUAUCAACAGCGUGAUAGAAGUGAAGGACUAUGAUGUCCGGGUCCAUGGAAAGAACACAGUCAUCGGCGUCCUGGAUAUCUACGGCUUUGAGAUCUUUGAUAAUAACAGUUUCGAGCAGUUCUGUAUAAAUUACUGUAAUGAGAAGCUGCAGCAGUUGUUCAUUGAGUUGAUCCUGCGGCAGGAGCAGGAUGAGUACCAGAGAGAAGGCAUCGAGUGGCAGCACGUUGAAUAUUUCAAUAAUCAGAUCAUUGUGGAUCUGGUGGAGCAGUCACAUAAAGGGAUCAUCUCCAUCUUGGAUGAGGCUUGUCUUACGGUUGGAGGCAUCACAGACACCAUCUUCCUGGAGUCCAUGAACAGCAAACUCUGUAGACACCCCCAUUACUCCAGCAGGAAGCUUUCCCCGACGGAUAAGUCGAUGGCGUUUAACCGAGACUUCCGGAUAAAGCACUAUGCUGGGGAUGUGACGUACUCAGUGGAGGGAUUCCUGGACAAGAACAAGGACACGCUGUUCCAGGAUUUCAAGCGUUUAAUGUAUAACAGUAAGGACCCCGUUCUCCGGGACAUGUGGCCAGACGGACAGAUGAGUAUCAGUGAAGUGACCAAGAGACCCCUCACGGCCGCCACGCUCUUCAGGAACUCCAUGAUUCUGUUAGUAGAGAACUUGGCCAGCAAGGAGCCGUAUUAUGUACGCUGUGUGAAGCCCAAUGAUCAGAAGUCCCCCGUCGUGUUUGAUGAGCGCCGAUGUCUCCACCAGGUGGAAUAUUUGGGGCUUCUGGAGAACGUCCGUGUCCGGCGGGCUGGAUUUGCCUAUAGACAACCCUAUGAAAGAUUUCUACAAAGAUACAAGAUGACCUGUGAAUACACCUGGCCCAAUCACCUGAUGGACUCUGACAUGGAGGCGACCCGGGCGCUAAUCGAUCAGCACGACUUCCGGGACGACGUAGCUUAUGGAUACACAAAGGUCUUCAUCCGCACCCCGCAGACCCUGUUCAGCCUGGAGCAGGAGCGGGCGCAGCUUAUCCCCAUCAUCGUGCUGCUGAUCCAGAAGGUGUGGAGGGGCACCCUGGCACGCUGGCACUUCAAGCGUCUGAAGUCCAUCUAUAAAAUCAUGACCUACUACAAGUGCUACAAAGUCCGCUCCCAUCUGAUGGAAAUCGUGCGCAGAUUCCAGAGUGUCCGGGACAUGGAGGACUACGGCAAAAGUGUGGAGUGGCCGCAGCCACCUGCCGUCCUGGAGACGUUCCAGGAGCUCUGCAAGAACCUGCACAGAAGAUGGAGAGCCAAGAAGAUAGUGAAAAACAUUCCUCCCUCCGAAAUGCUGCAGAUCAAAUGUAAAGUGUGUGCGAUGGAAGCUCUGCAGGAUCUGCGCAGAGACAUUGGCUACGACCGUGCCUGGAGAAACAACUAUCUGGCCUGUGAAACUGAAAAUCCAGGUGGAGCCACUCACUUCCAGAAAUCACUUCAAGCCCUGAGGAAAAAAGAUGGCCACAGCUCUGUCAUAUUCUCCUGCCAUAUCCGUAAGAUGAAUCGUUUCAACAAGUGUAAGGAGCGCGGCCUGGUGAUCACCGAUCGGCACAUCUACAGGCUGGAGCCCAAAAAACACUACAAGCUGCUGAAGUGCGUGCCCCUCCGAGCGGUCACAGGGGUGAGCCUGACUCCAGGUCCGGACCAGCUGCUCGUCCUGCACACCGGGAAGAACGAUGACAUGGCCUUCUGCCUGCAACGUACGGAACCGGCCGAUGAGAGUCGUGUGGGCGAAUUUGUGGGAACGCUGAUGAAUUACUUCAAAUCAACAAAUCAGGAGCUCUCAGUGAAAGUCAGUGACUGCGUCCAGAUGAACGCCGGCGGCAGACGGCGACUGAUCUCCGUGGAGAGGAGAACUGACAUAGCGGAGCCGCAUUUCCGCAGGGGCCGCACCGGGCUGGAGCUGCACUGGCCGAGCGUCUGAUCCAGAACUGCCGAGAAUUCUGCUUCUUCUAUAUAUUUUAUUACAUUGCCUCUGCCCAAAGAAUAAAUGUUAUGUGCACUGAUGCAGUCUGCUCGGCAUUACA